AUGGCCUUCUUCAGUGCAGUUAUCCCUCGACUUUGCCUAUCGGCGUUUACCAUUAUGCAGCCCCUAUUGGUCGAUAAAAUUACUACAUACGCGGCACUUCCGGAAGCCCCAGAGACAAGGGACAAGGGGUAUGGGUUAAUAGCAGCUUCAGGGAUCGUAUACCUUGGUAUUGCUGUAUCCACUGCAUUUUACAGUCGACAGACGUAUCGGUUCAUCAUCAGUAUUCGUGGUAGUCUUCUUGCGGCAGUCUAUGCACAGACUCUCAAACGGCGGUCUGGGGAGAUGGGCACCGACACGGCUAUCACACUGAUGGGGACAGAUGUGGAACGCAUUUCAACUAGCCUGCGUGAUAUACACGACAUAUGGGCAUCCCCAAUCGACAUUGGACUGGCACUGUGGCUAUUAGAACGCCAGCUUGCGGUGUCAUGUCUCAUGCCUGUCAUUCUUUCUCUGGGUAUCGUCCGCGGUAACAUCGUUGAUCCGCUUAACUUUGAACCGGAGUGGUACCGCCACGUACUAUGGAUGUGCUGUUUGGCUGAGGACGUCGAAGCUCUGCCGGAAAAGGACUUGACUAGAAUCGGAGGGCAGGGAUUUAUGCUCAGUGGAGGACAGAAACAACGCCUGGCUCUUGCUCGUGCAGUGUAUUCUGGCUGCGAGAUGGUAGUCCUCGACGAUAUCUUUAGCGGACUCGAUGCUGCAAAUAUUAAUAAAAUUUGUGAAAGGCUACUGGACAGGCAUAAGGGUUACCUGCGUUGCAGAGACAUUACUGUUAUCCUAUCAACGCACAAUGCCAAAGUAGCGGCUUUUGCAGAUGAUGUUUAUAUUUUGAAAGAGGGUACAGUGGCGACAUACAAGCCGUCUGCCUCUUCGACACCCUCUUCUGGUCAUCAAACUUCUUUUCCUGAUGACAACGAGUUCAAAUCACGACCGGCCUCCCCAAAACAGCAGGCCUCUCAAUCCGUGGAUGCGGAAGUAUCCUCUGAUGACAAUGCGCCGGAACCCAAGCAGACCGUCUCGCGGCCGGUCAAAGAUCGCUCCGUUUACUUAUAUUACCUGAAGUCUGCAGGUUUGGGGCUUUCGAUUCUUUACAUUGUCCUUGUCCUUGUCUUCGCGUUCUCCCAAAACUUUUCAACACUCUGGCUCAAGUGGUGGUCAGACGCCAGUACUGAAAGCCCAGAUGGUGCACAUUGGAUGUACUUAGGCGUUUUUAUUGCCCUUGGGCUUGGCGCUGUCAUUAUCGGCGCUGCCAGCUCAUGGUAUAUUCUCAGUCUAUCCACUUGUGCUCCGCUCUUCUGGCUCAGUGAGGCUAACUCAGGCGACAUCUUGAAUCGUUUCAACCAGGACCUGGAGCUUACUGACAUGACCUUACCACUGGCCGCCAUUAACACAACGAAAGCGCUGGGGGCUUGUUUGCUAAAGAUGAUCAUAUUGUUCGUCGUAGCGAACUAUAUGUCCCUGACAGUUCCGCCUCUUCUAAUAGUAUGCUACUUCCUUCAGAGGUACUACCUCCGAACGUCUCGACAAGUACGCCUCCUCAGCAUCGAGACCAAGGCUCCACUGUAUCAGCAUCUUUCUGAGACACUGAGCGGUGUAUCUACCAUCCGUGCCUUUCGUCGACAACAAUGGUUUGAGAGAAAUAACCUCCUUUUCGUGGAUGAUUCACAGAAAUGCGUCUAUACCCUAUUCAUGAUCCAACAAUGGUUAACGCUCUCUAUGGACCUUUUAGCAUGUGGACUGGUUGUUCUUCUCAUGAUCCUCAUCGUCUUUAGCAGGGAUUCUUUCGAUUCCGGGUCAUCUGGAACAGCGAUUGUAACCCUCAUGAGCUUUACGCAGUCUUUGGCACGCUUACUCAAAUUCUGGUCACUGACCGAAUCAUGUCUUGGGGCAGUCUCCCGGAUCAAAACCUUCGCGGAGACCGUGCCGUCAGAAGCGCAGAGUAAACAUUCCGAUGCUGACUCCUCGUUUUCCAUGCAUGAGAAGGUUACGUGGCCCAGUCAGGGGGCAAUCGAAUUCGUUAAUGUCGUCGCAGCUUACAGAUCCCACCCUGUUCUCAAAUCAGUCUCAAUGCACAUUGAACCAGGAGAUAAAGUCGCCAUUUGUGGACGCUCGGGAAGUGGCAAGUCAUCGCUUGUGCUCUGUCUUGGUGGGUUGCUUCCCAUACAAAGCGGCUCCGUUCAAAUUGACGGGGUCGACCUCAGCAAUGUCUGUUCAGAGGACAUUCUCAAGCGUCUGAGCGUCGUACCCCAGGACCCUUGUUUUCUGCCCGGAACCAUCCGGCUCAACAUCGAUCCUGAUGAGGCACUGUCGGAAGCCGCCGUGGAAGGCGUCCUAAAAGCCACCCAUUUAUCUGCUAUUGUUCAGAACAUGGGUGGACUGGAUGCUGAACUAGAACCGGGUUUAUGGUCAGCCGGGCAAGGACAGCUGAUGGCACUUGCGCGCGCUAUGGCGAGGAGGAGCAGGAUUCUAAUCCUUGAUGAAGCCAUGGGUCGAGUCGAUGCCGCUACACAAUCGCUCAUGGAACGCAUUGUUGCUAGUCAUUUCAAUGAUUGUACCAUUCUUUCAAUUAUGCACCGGUACGAAAAUAUAUCCGCCUUUGAUAAGAUUGCGCUCUUUGAGGAUGGGGUACUUGUGGAGUUUGACCGUCCUGAGUCAUUGCUGUCACAAGAGACCAGCCAUGUAGUCAUCGGCAACAAUAGGUAUAAAUCGAGACCUGAUCUCUCCCCACCCCGUCUCAAUAUCACCAUUCCUCCGACCCAUGGGCUAGAACAAGGAUACAUAUUCAUCGCCCCAUUCAAUGCCGUUUCCGAGCCGGCACAUCGAGCACCACAGCAGCCUGGUGCGUACAUUCUCAGCGACAACGGCGACCUAGUCUGGUCCGGGUACACCUACUUCUCUACUUGGACAGGGAACUUCCAGGCCACGCGAUGGAAUGGUCAGGAUGUUUUAGCCUCUUUCGAAGGUGCGCACAAUGGACUUUAUGGCCAUGGUCAUGGCCAUCAUGUGCUCCUGAAUCAGCGGUAUGAGACGAUCAAAGAACUCCGCGCGGGUAAUCAUCUGCUCUCCGAUAAGCAUGAGUUCGAGAUCUUGAACGAAUCGACAGCACUGAUUCAGAUUCAUCACCCGGAAGUGCGAGAUCUGAGCAAUUACACAUCCGACCGACGGCAACAUUGGAUUGUUAACGCAAUAUUUCAAGAGUUGGACAUCAAUGAUGGCAAAGUGUUGUUCGAAUGGCGAAGCCUGGAUCAUAUUGGCCCGGAGGAAUCUGCUCUUCCACUUCCCAAGGAUCAAGCGGGGAUUGGCCAUAAUAGCUCUACUGCCUGGGACUAUUUUCACAUCAACUCAGUAACCAAGGGCAUUGACGGUCACUACCUUGUGUCUGCGCGUCAUGCCAGCACCGUUUACAAGAUUAACAGCACCGAUGGCAGUGUCAUCUGGCGAUUAGGAGGGUCACGAUCCGAUUUCACCCUGGGCCCUGAAGUAGAGUUUGGCUUUCAGCAUCAUGCCCGGUUGCUUAAUCAGGUCGAUAAUAGCAGUGUGACAACAAUAACGCUAUUUGACAACGCUGUAUACGGCUCUGAAAGUGGCGGUGGCGGUGACAAGGAAGUACAGAUUUAUCCCUACUCCCGCGGCAAAAUCCUCAAAUUGGAUCAUCAUACUCGCCACGCAGCCCUCGAGUCCUCGUUUAUUCCUCCUGAUUUACUGCUGGUAAAGUCACAAGGCUCCCUCCAAACCCUUCCUAAUGGUAAUGUAUUCAUAAACUGGGGCUCAGAGGGAGCGGUAACCGAAUUUUCGUCCGAUGGAGAACCUCUCUACCAUGCUUAUCUGGACUCCCGACCGCUCAGCCGCGGCGACGUGCAGAAUUAUCGGGCCUUCCGGGCAAAUUGGACAGGGAUUUCCAGUGAGGAGCCCGCUGUGGUAGCCUUUCAGCGACGUGGGGCCCAUGGGGGCAACGGUGGAACAGAUAUAUACUUAUCGUGGAAUGGGGAUACAGAGACGGCCGAAUGGCGGCUUCAGUUCCAGGUGGACUCCGGGGACAGCUUGCCGAUUGGGUGGAGCGAGGAUGUUCGGAACGAAGAAUUUGAGACAACUGCGACACGACAGGGAUUUGAGACUGUUCAUCAUGUACCCUUUGCACUGCGGAGUGUUCUUGCACAAGCAAUUGCUGCAGAUGGAAAAGUUCUUGCCUCCUCUAACCGAGUGCAAGUACAAGCAUGGGAGGUCUAUGAAUACCUGCUCGAGGAAGACGACUUUGAAGCUGCCGAUCCGAAAGCCAUAUCACCUGGGUCGCACCUGCCCCCGCUGCUGUUACAGAAAGCCGAUCAGUUGUGACACACCAC